AUGGAUGUUCUAAAUGGACUUUUUGGGGGAAAUGUUACGAACGUCCUGCAUAUGCAUUUAGGAAUUCCUGCGUACCUCUGGUGGAACCAAACAAAGGAAUUGAAUGCCGCGAGGGAUAUGCAUAUUGCCAUGAUCAUUGCUCAGAUAAAGGAGCCAUCAAAAAAAAUGCCGGAGCUGGGAGCAAGGGUGCUAGAACGGGCAGCAAGUGAGGUGUUCACAGCCAAGCAAGGGUUGGAUUCCGUCGUCGCUGGUGAACUUGUGUUGGAACAAGAUACUGAUCGAUACGAAGCUGCAGACGCAGAGAUGAGCAAAGGUCUCGCCGUCCUGCUACUCCUCGUCUCGCUUGCUCUGAGCUCCGGCGUCGGCUUCUGCGACGCGAGGAGCGGCAAGCACUGGAGGCAGAACAGAGGACCCUCCUCCAGCUCCAUGUUCAGAAGGAAAGGAAAAGGGAAGAACGGCGGCGGUUCCCCUUCCCACAGCCACAGGCAGUACGGCAAAGGGCGUCAGAGUCCUGCAAUGCCAGCGCCGCCAAGUCCAGGCGGUGGUCAUGGCUAUGCGUCGCCGUCUCCACCACCGCCAUCGCUGCCACCACAAGCACCGUCUGUGCCACGGUCGCCGCCACCACCUCUGCCCCCGUCGUUGCCGCCACAAGCACCGCCAUCGGACGAGCCGUCGCAGGGCACGGUGUUCAGCGUGGUUGCUUUAGGAGCGCGGGGUGACGGAGUUACGGAUGAUACUCAGGCUUUUGAAGCAGCAUGGGCAGCAGCGUGCAAGGUGGAGGCAUCGACGGUUCUUGUACCACCUGAACUCGAGUUCGUUGUUGGCCCAAUCUCAUUUUCGGGGCCUAACUGCAAACCUAACAUUCUGUUCCAGCUGGAUGGAACCAUUUCGGCUAAAACUGGCGCGAGAGCGUGGGGCUCCGGUUUGCUUCAGUGGCUCGAGUUCACAAAACUAAAUGGGAUAUCAAUUCAAGGCAGUGGUGUCAUAAAUGGUCAGGGUAAAGAAUGGUGGACCUAUUCAGAUUCAAAUGAUGAUGAUGAUGAUAUGGACUCAUACACUGAUCAGGAGCUGGAGAAGAUGCCACAGAUUAAACCCACGGCGCUAAGGUUUUACGGCAGUUCCGAUGUCAGAGUAACUGGUAUCAGCAUCAUCAACAGCCCGCAGUGCCAUCUGAAGUUCGAUAGCUGUCAGGGAGUCAUGGUUCAUAACCUCACCAUCUCUUCCCCUGAGAAUAGCCCCAACACUGAUGGAAUACACCUGCAAAACUCCAAGGAUGUCAACAUUCACCACACUGACCUGGCCUGCGGUGAUGACUGCAUCUCCAUCCAGACAGGCUGCAGCGACGUAAACAUACAUAAUGUGAACUGCGGACCAGGCCAUGGGAUCAGCAUUGGUGGCCUAGGGAGGUACAACACCAAGGCAUGUGUCUCCAACAUCACUGUAAGAGAUGUCAACAUGUUCAAAACAAUGACCGGUGUCAGGAUCAAGACUUGGCAGGGUGGCUCAGGGCUGGUCCAGGGCAUAAGGUUCUCCAACAUACACAUGUCAGAGGUUCAGACGCCCAUCAUGAUCGACCAGUUCUACUGCGACAAAACAUCGUGCACGAACCAGACCUCGGCGGUGGCGGUCUCGGGCGUGCAGUACGAGAACAUCCGGGGGACUUUCACGAUCAAGCCCGCCCAUUUCGCGUGCAGCGACAGCUCGCCGUGUUCGGAGAUCACCCUGACCGGGAUACAACUGAGACCCCUGGUAGUGCCUCAGUACCACACAUGCAGCAGCCCCUUCUGCUGGCAGGCCUUCGGGGAGCUGUACACUCCCACCAUCCCUCCUAUUUCAUGCUUGCAGCUCGGCAAGCCGGCCGGGAACCGCGUGCUGUCGGACCACGAUCAGUGCUGAAACACUCUAGACGAUCCAGAAACUCUUGGGUGGUGUGGAUACAUACAGCUUUUGUUAGGAUGUGGAUGUCAUGGCAUGUACCACAUUUGUUUUUGAUAAGUAUAGAAUAGUGCUCGUGCAGCAUCUGCAGUGUUGUAGUAUGAUGCAGUGUAGUUGUAGGAGAUGCCUGAAAAGUGAGAAGAAACGCAAGGCCAUUAGUGUGAUCAA